AUGACGACCGUCUUCACCCUCCCCAUUUCCACCACAGGAUCCAUAACUUGCACCACACCCUCCCCCCUCGUCUACCUCCUAACCUUCACCUCACCCCCUGACAACAGACUCACAACCUCCUUCUGUCAGACUCUCCUCCUCGCCCUCGACAUCCUCGAGUUCUCGCACCCCCCAGGCGUCAUCGUAACCACGUCCUCGAUCGUGAAAUUCUAUUCGAACGGGCUGGAUCUGGAACAUGCGACGAGCACUGAGGGGUUCUUCGGGGAUAGUCUGUAUGCUGUGUUCAAGCGGUUUUUAACAUAUCCAAUGCCCACCAUCGCCCUCCUAAACGGCCACGCCUUCGCCGGCGGCUUCAUGCUAGCCAUGUACCACGACUACCGGGUCCUCAACCCGUCGAAAGGCUACCUCUGCGUCAACGAGCUCGAAUUCGGCGUCCCGCUCACCGCGCCCAUGUCCUCUAUCUUCCGAGAAAAACUAUCCCCGCAGGUCUACCGGAAGAUGGUCUUAGAAGCGCACAGAUGGGGCGGGAAGGAGGCGCUGGAGAAUGGGAUUGUGGAUGGCCUGGGGGGGUUGGAGGAGGUGACAAAGUUUAUUGGGGAGAAGAAGCUGACGGGGAAGGCGAAGAGUGGUGUGUAUGGACUUUUGAAGAAAGAGAUGUAUCGGGAGUCGAUGGGGUAUUUGAGGGAUGGGAAGGAUGAGAAGUUGGGAGGUGGGAAUGAGGAGGAGGAGGAGAGGAGGAGGGGUGGGGAGGAGAGGGUUAGGGAGUGGAAGAAGAGUAAUAAGGGGGGUGCUAAGUUAUAG